AUGAAGUCACCUCUUUCUCUUUUGGCCGUCUCGGCCUUGAUCUCUUCCUUCCAUGUAUCUGGUGCCUUUACUCCCUCCUCCUCGAUCUCCAAGGGGUUUUCCCAGGUGUCGACUGCACUGUUCAGUGCUCCCGAACCACUGGGAACUGAGGGAGAGUGGACAGCCUAUUUGGACGAAGAGACCACAGGUGUUGUCUACUACUUCAACACUCAAACUGGAGAAAGCCGAUGGGAACCACCCACAGAUACAUUUCCUUCAGUCUACUUAAAACCUAGUCGAAGGAAAAAAGCUGAAGCCAAGCAAGAAGAAUACUUCGAGAAGAUGGAGGAGGAGGAAAUGGAGGCAGGUCUUGUUGGCAAGUUGCUAGGAAGCAGCAAGAAGAGGGAAGGGCAGCAAACAGAAGAACUACUGAAGGAAGAAGAAGAACCUGAGUGGAUAAAGGGAAUGCUGGAGAAAAAAUAUGCGCAAGAGGAAAAGCAGGGCUUCUUCUCUCGGCUUCUCAAUACCCGCUCAGAAGCAGCACCAGCUCCAAAAAAGACGCCCUUUUUGGACAAUGUCUUUCAGUCCAUGACAGAAAAGAAAGUGGAAAAACCAGAGCCUUUCUUUGCAGAUGUUGGAGAGAGUGAAAGCGAGAAAGCUGCUAGAAUAGCAGAAGAAGAGAGGAUUGAAGCAGCAAGAGUGAAAGCAGAGGCAGAAAAAGUUCGAAAGCAAGAAGAACAAUUGAGAAAACAGGAGGAGGAAAGGAGAAAACAGGAGGAGCAGUUGCGAAAGCAGGAAGAAAAAAGGGCUUUGGAGGCUCGAUCAAAGGCUAAGCAAGAAGCUGACAAGAGAAAGGCUGCUGAGGCAAAGAAGCAGGCUAAGGCUCGAGCAAAGGCUAAGCAAGAAGAGGACAGGAGAAAGGCUGCUGAGGCAAAGAAGCAGGCAGAGGCUAAAGCAAAGGCUAAGCAAGAAGAGGACAGGAGAAAGGCAGCUGAGGCAAAGAAACAGGCCAAAGCUGAGGCCCAGGCAAAGAAGCAAGCUGAAGAAGAAAGGAAGAUGAGGGAGUUAGUGAGGAAAGCUGAGGCAGAGCAGAAAGCAGAAGCAGACAUGUUGGCAGCCGAGGAAAGGAGAGCUGAACAAGAGGCGAGGAAAGCCGAGGUGGCUGAAGCAAAGAGAAUUGCUGCAGAAGAGAGGAAGGCGGCCGCAGAGGCCAAGAGAGCCGAACAAGAGGCGAGGAAAGCUGAGGCGGCUGAAGCAAAGAGAAUCGCAGAAGAAGAAAGGAAGGCCGCAGCGGAGGCCAAGAGAGCUGAACAAGAGGCAAGGAAAGCUGAGGCUGCAGAAGCAAAGAGAGUGGCAGAAGAACAAAGGUUAGCCUCUGCUGAAGCCAAACCGGCCUCAGUUGCUGCUGAGGAGCAGAAUAUUGUUGAGGAGAAGAUAACGCCAAUCAAGGUUGACAUUGCAUCAUGUGUUCUUCCUCACCCAUCCAAGAUCUUGUGGGGUGGUGAGGAUGCUGUGUUCACAAAAGGACGAACAUUUGGGGUGUUUGAUGGUGUGUCAGGAGCUGACAAGCUGGAUGGCAAACCACUGUACUCUAAAAUGCUAGCACGACAAAUGCCAAAAUUGGUUGGAAAUGGCAAGGAGCUGGCCAUCAAGGAUAUGCAAGACAAUCUGCUGGCUGCUGCUGAGAUCGCUGAUAAGAAAGCCACAGGUGCUUCAACUGCCAUUGUUGCAUGCAUUACGGACGAUGGCGUUCUUCGUGCUGUGAACUUGGGUGACUCUGUCUGUGUUGUGAUACGAGGGGACAGAAUUGUGGCAAAGACAGUAGAAAUCAUCCACUACUUUGAUUGCCCCUAUCAACUGUCUGACAUUUCUCCUGAUCGACCAAGGGAUGUUCGCAAGUUGAGUUUCGAAUUAAUGCGAGGUGACAUUGUGUUGAUGGGAUCAGAUGGCAUCUUCGACAACCUUGGAGAUUCUGAGUUAGUACAGGUUGUCAAUUCUGGUCCAGCAAAGGCCGGAGCAAUUGCCAAACGAGUUUCUGACCGUUCUCGAAAAGUAUCAUUGAAUUCCAAAGCGCCAACACCAUAUGCUACGCUGGCCAAACGAUGGGGGGACCCAAAAUUUCAAGAUGGCCUUGGUGGCAAGGUGGAUGACAUUAGCUGUGUAGUGGCUCGAUAUGACUAA